GGACUGAGUGGGUCGGGACUCGACUAGCACAACUCUCCCCCAGGUGAGGGGACGGUAACCAUUGGGCCACCCAGCCCACCAAGGACCCUACUACAGGGGGCAAUGGGGAUUACAGCUGUGGGUGGCUUCCCACUGCCACGACCCCACCAGGUCUCAGCACGGAGCCCCUGGGAUCUCAUGCUAAGCAGGGCCAGGCUGGCUUGGUAAGGGCUGGGAGACCAAGAGCUGCAGGGGGGGGUCACCAGGAGGCGCUCUCCCCUGCCCAUUAAUGCUGCCCCCAGGGACCCAGUGCAGUGCUAGAGGGCUCUGUGCUGCAGGGAGGGGGCAGGGGCUCAGGCGGGGGCGCUGUGCUGCAGGGGGCACUUACCAGCCAAGGUGACAGGGGAGAGAGACAGGAGCCAGAAGGAGACCAAGGCAGGUUUGGCCCAAAGAGCCAUUUCCCUGGAGGGGACAGGAUGGCUGCACUGCCGAGUGGGGUCUGGGGCCAGGACCCAGAGAGCCGAAAAGGGCACAGCCGCCCCUUCCUGCACUGAGCUCUUUGCUGCUCUGACAGGUGACCCCUGAGAGGAAACCCAGCCAGACCCACAAGCUGAGCAAAGUUCAAUAAAAACAAAUCAGCCGUCCCUGUCCAGUCCUGCUCACUGCUUCACAGGAAGCCUUCCUCCCCACCAGCACAAUAAAGACUGAAUAACUCCUGUAGCUUGUUCCAAUUGUCUGUUACAACAUGUGAUUAUUUUAUGGGGAAGUUUUCUGUGAGCACAGAAAACUAAUCCUCAGCCGUUCCCCACAACAGCUGUUAUAUCUGUGACUUUGGAGAUGGUGGAGGAGGGUGGGAAUGGAGGUCACAGAUAUAGGGAGAAGGGUUGUUGCUGUGGAUGGGGGUCACAAAUGAGGACAGGGGGUUGGGAAGCCUUGGAUCAGUUAUGUGUGAAAGUCUGUAUUUUACUAGCCGGGCGGAAGAAGCUACGUCCUGAUCUCGAGGCACGUUAAUGCAGUGCUUCUAAGGCCACCCAAUGUGGAGGUUUGGAGCUGAGAAUGCAGGCACCUUGACCACUGUGGGGAAAGAAAUGCAUGUGCUGAUCAGGGUAGCCAACAUGUGUCUUGUGGCCAAUUCCUGGGUCACAAGGUUGCAGAAACUUGCAGGAGAGGGAGGAUUGGCCCAUGAGUGGGGGAUUCCUGACAACAGGCUGAUCUGCAUGUGCCAAGCUGGCCUGCGUUGGCAUUACAUUUUGCUUUCCCUGCAGCAUCUUAAGCUGUGAGUUAAGAGGUUGUGAUCUAUCAGACACUGUGUUGUCGUCCAGGAGCACUGGAAGCUUCCUAAACCUGGGGAAUCCACCAGUGCCUGAAGUGGGAGAAGCAUUGCCUGCAUGCGCUGAUGGGUGGGGAGCUGGGUACACUAGUAGCAGGUGGGCCAGGUUGGAGGGGGAGAUACAGUGACAAGAUCAGGGGCAUGGCUGGAGAGGUGUGCAGAAACAGGGCUGGUGGGGCCCAGCUGAUGCAUGUGGGGCUGGGUGACUCAAUAUGCAAAUUGCAGGACACGAUAUGUACCACAGUUUAGUUGAUUGCUAACUCCUACGAACAAGAUCUCUUCUACUGUUCAAAAGUACUAGGGUGUUCAAAACAAAAAUCUUAAUGCCGAGUGAAGGUUUGUCACCCCAAACAGGCCUGGGUUCCCUGAGAAUGACACCUGGGACAGGAAUUGGGUGGCCCCAUUUGUCACCCCAUUACCCCCUGCCUCCGGAGAGAGGAGGUCUUGCCUAUAUCAAGUGGUUGUUGGCUUCCUACCACUACCAACCCCUGAUGAUGGGAUUCCCACAAAAAUCCCAAUCUUUGGGCAGCCCAGAGGAUCGAUGUACUCCCAUUUCACCUGUUUUACCUGAGCCCCCACCCCGUAUCAUGCACCCUACUUGGGUUCAGUUAUAAAACGCAAGGAACUUUGUUCAAGAAAGAGAUUCAAAUCAAAAACAGCGAGAGAGACAGGGGAAAAAGGUACACAUAAAGUAGACAUCACCACAUGCUUUCUAGAGACCAAACGUAACUCACAAGUUCUCCUCCACGCUAGAGAAACUUCUCUUCCCCAGAGUCAUCUUCAACCAAGUCCAUUUGAGAUCCCUUUUUGGCAUGCAAAUUCACUGUCUGUUUACUUCCCAGGUGAAGGAUUCCAGGAUGUCUUUCUGCCCCCCUAAAUAUACCAAGCAGACUGAAGGGUUAAAAUCCAUGUGCAGUUUAUGUAACAACCUGGUAUAUGGAUUUUGUACAGGCCCAAAGUCUGAAGUUUAGUCAAGAAACCAGAGGCCUAGCAAAUAGUGAGUAGCUAAGAGAAAGCAAAAUAAAUGAACGAUAACCUUGUUUUGCUAAAAUAAGCCUAGUCAGCAAAAAUGCCAAAUGUUGAAGCAAUAACUGAAUAAUUGUCUACACCAGGAAUAUUACAGGGCUUGUUUUCCUGUUCUCUAAGGUGCCGUUGGUCCAGCCCAGGAGCUUGGUCCCAUCCCCAAGAGUUGCUGUUAUCAGCUGAGAGCAUCUGCCAGAUGGGAUCUUGGGAGUGUUGGGCAGCCCUUCCUACUUACGGGGUGAGACAGAGGAGACAUGGACCAGUCAGAGAGAUCAUCAGUGGACUGGAGUUCUGUCAAUGGAUCAUUGGUGCCUCACAAAGACGCCCCAGGCACCGACGUCUUCCUUAAUCAAGGGGGAGUCUUCAUUGUCCGCUCCGACCUGGGCUGCUACCUGCAGACAAAGGAACUAAAGACAGGGACUGGCAUUGAGAUCCGGAGACUGCACCCCGCGUGCCGGGGAGGGGAUCACUACCUGAGUGACAUAAAGGACCCCCCCAACAUCUACAUCAUCAAGGGUGACUCCUACCAGGUUGUGAAGGACUUGAGCACAGAUGCCGGGGCCACAGUCCGUGAGCUGCAUCCCAACUGCCGUGGUGGGGACCACUACAUAACCUAUGGUUCCAAUUUCUCCAUCAUCUUCCUAGAGCGGGGUGUUAUGCGCUCUGUCCUUGACCUGAGCACUGAUGAACAAGGGAAGGACACUCCCCUGAAGCCUGAUCGCUGCAAGGGGCUCUACUACUUUGGGUUCGUUUACUUCCAAGGCCAGAUCGAGGUGGAUGAGAAAUGGGGAGCUCAGUGCUACUUGUUCCUUGACAUCGUCUCCGAAAAAGAUGUCUUCUCCAUCCAUCCCGACGUGCUGAACUUCUUCCCUGGGGGGCUGGCCCUCACCCAGGGCACCUCAACCAGCAGCUGGGAGUGCAUCAAGACCCUGCAAAAUGACUCCGAUUCCUCCAUCACCUGGUCUGACAAGGUCACCUGCAAAGUGGGCUACGCCAAGCAGCAGAUGUCCAGCAUUGAGCACAACUGGAGCAUCUCCGCUGAGAUGUCCCUCGGGGCCGGAGAGCUCACCAAGCUCAUCACCCAGUUCCAGUUCUCCUUCAAAGCCGAGUACGGCGGGAGAAGCGUACACACGGAGCAGGAGGACUGGAACGAAGCCCGUGACGAAGAGGAGUCAAUCCAGGUGACCCUGGAGCCCAAAACGAAACUGUACAUCUGGCAGUACCGCCUUGGCAUAGGCCAGAAGCCCGUCUUGUUCUGCAGGGACGUCCACUUCACCAAAGAAGACAAACCACCCGACCGCAUCCCGCUACCUCCAGUCCCCUAAGCAUCCAUGAUGAUGGAGAAUGCCUGCACCAUGAAGCUAUUGUUGAUGUGUGUGUGUGAGCAUUGACUUCCUGGAAAUUGAUGGGAUCAAAUCAGUUCCUUCAAAUGCUUAGCGCUUCCCAGUGCCCUCCUCCCAGCUAGCAAACCCAGCUCAUCUGCUUUCCAUUCCCCUCCUUUUCUCCAAAUCUUGUUACCAAGGUAGAUGAUUUCAUGACAUGUUCUCUUGAUCCUCUCUCAUUAUAAUCCACAACCUGAAUUGAGCUUUGAGAUCAUUCUAGGGUAGAAUCUGCUGCCUUAAAACAAAGAAUGUGCCAAGC